GAUGGCGAUGGACGGGCAGCGAUAGGCGAUCAACUUUCCCCCUUCAAGGGAGACAAAUCUACAAGUUACGGACAAAGUUGUGUCUGCUGGUUCCCCCCGCAGCCCGGCGGGUCUCCGGUUUGCAUCAGUUCGGUUUAUUUCUGGUCUUUUUUGUUUUUUUACCGGAUCUUCUUGGUCUGAACCGCGGACUCCGUACUGAGGAAGACCGGAGUAAAGUUUAUUCCGGCCCGUCUUCUCGUCCACACCGAGCCGGUCCAGCUCGCUCCCAACACCGCCACAAAACCAGAACAGGCUGUUGCUGGUGUGGUGGUUCACAAGCCCAGAGAAGGAAAGGAGGUGGAGACGAGAGAGAAUUAGGAGGAGACGAACAGCAGGGAAAACCAUGAACCCUGAGCACUGACACACCAGGAGCAGCGAGCCAACUCUGCACCGAGGCAGGAAGGAAGGAAGGGAGGAAAACAAAGACAGACGCCGGAGGCCCAGGAUGGCUAGUGCCGCCCCCUCCAGAAAACCCUACCGCAAGGCUCCACCCCAGCACCGCGAGACACGCCAUGCUCCGCCAGUCUUCAGAGAGGAGGGCCCCGCAGCCCUGCCCCUCUCAGCACCACAGCCCGACAGCAUCCAGGAGACCUUGUCAGAUUCGGACAGGAUCAGAAUCCUCCAGCAGCAGAAUGAAGACCUGCGGCGGCGUCUCUCUCAUACCACCCACAAGAUGGAGGCCAUGGAGGCGGAGUUUGACGGCAGCCGUCACUAUAUGCAGACGGAGCUCAGCCGCACACGGGACGAUCUGGACAAGAUGAGAGACAAGUUCCGCAGACUACAGAACAGCUAUACAGCCUCCCAGAGAGCCAAUCAGGAUCUGGAGGAGAAGCUUCACGCCUUGCUACGGAAAGUGGAGAGGGACAAGAAGACAAUGGACCAGGAGAUUGUGGAGUUGACCAACAAACUGCUGGACGCGAAGAACACAAUCGACAGACUGGAGGAGCUCAAUGAGCGCUACAGGCAGGACUGUAACUUGGCUGUUCAGCUUCUCAAAUGCAACAAGUCUCACUUCAGAAACCACAAGUUUGCUGACCUGCCCUAUGAGUUACAGGACAUGGUGAAUAAGCACAUGAAGAGCAGUUUGCCGGAGAAGUCCUCCAGCAGCUCUCAGGAUCCGGACACUCUGAGUUUGACUCCUGCCGAUGUUGUGCCGACCUCCGUCAUCGCCCGAGUUCUGGAGAAACCUGAGCCGCUGCUCCUAAAUUCAGCCCAGUCCAGCAGCGCUGCCCGACCUGUGGCCGAGGACGUCUUUGUCCAUGUGGAUAUGACAGGGCCCAGGGCUGAGGAGGGUGGCCAAAGAGAGAAUGGGGGCCCGGGCCAUGGCUUUGUCGCGGACCAGGAGUCACUUCACCAGAAUGGGAUGUGUCGCAGCCAGAGCAGCCUGGACGGCCAGUCGGGGGGGGAGGAGACGGGGGGUGCGGCGCCCUCGUUUGAGAAGCUGAACCCUUACCCGACCCCAGCCCCACCACACCCUCUCUACCCUGGCCGCCGGGUCAUUGAGUUCUCCUCUGAUGACAAAGUGAAGAUUCCCAAGAACAGCCCGCUCCCCAACUGCACCUAUGCUACUCGGCAGGCCAUCUCCCUCAGCCUGGUCCAAACCGACCAGCGCCCCCCCGGCAGCCCUGCCGCCUCCACCUCCUCCUUAGGGGCAGGGCCAGCAGGAGGAGAGCAGAACCAGGGGACGCCUCCUUCAGUGCGAGAGGCGGGGGUGGAGCCUCUCUCUUGUCAGUCCAGCCCUUUCAGCAGCCCCCGCCUGCCCAGCGCCUUCCCCAGCUCAGGGAGCUCUGAGGAGGACCUGCUAGCCAACUGGCAGAGGAUGUUUGUAGAGAAGACAGCUCCUUCCACCGACAGCACCCUGCUUCACCGCACCUCCUUCAGCAGGGAGACGGCGCAGCAACUGGAGAGGAGCCAUCAGGCAGAUGGGCUGAGAGGCGGCUACUCAGACGGAGAGGAGGGCUCGUCGGCACAGAGCUGGACUGCUAGCAGGGAGUCCAGUCUGGACACAGACACCAGCGGCACCGCCGAGCCGCGUGCCAGGAGGGGCCGCUACGGAGUGGAGGGCUCCACGGAGGAGGGGGAGCGGCUGCUGAUGGAGCCACCAGAAGAGGAUGCAGGCGGAGAGCCCAGCCACACCCACAGGGAGGAGUUCACAGAAGAGGAAGGAGGUGAGGAAGAGGAGGCAAGAGAUGUUCUUCCUCAGAACUUCCCUGUCCUUUCUCCUCGUGUCCUGGAGUUCUCUUCCAACUGCUCCCCACCGCCGCACACUAACCCCACACACCCGGCUAGGCUACAGAGGAGCCCCAAGAGAAUGGGAGUUCACCACCUGCACCGCAAAGACAGCCUGACCCGGGCUCAGGAGCAAGGCAACCUGCUGGACUGAAUGCUGCAACCGGCCACCUGUGAACCCAAAACCCUACAGACCACAACCUGCUGUAUACUCACUUUCUCUCUCUCGUUCUCUCUCUCUCUCGUUCUCUCUCUUGCUCUCGGUCUCUACAGUAGCGGUUGUGUUCCACUGUGUUCUAUCAGCUCCAGUAUUUUUCUCCCUCCUGCCCUCUGAUUGGCCCGUCAGAGAGGUCAGAGGUAACUCUUAUCCAGGAAAUAGCCAUACUCUACAGGACACUCUCCUGUAUGUGUGUAUGCUACCGU